CAGGGUAAUGAGGCGUUCAAGGCGGGAGACUUCCCGAAGGCUAUUGGUCAUUAUACCGCGGCAUUCAUCGCGGACCCCUCCAAUCUCACAUUCCCCCUCAAUCGCGCCGCUGCAUAUCUCAAGCUAGGCAAGAAUGAAGACGCGGAAAGAGACUGCGAUGUCGUCCUUCGUCUUGAUAGCAAAAACGUGAAGGGGCACUUCCGGAGAGGGCAGGCCCGCGUGGCGUUGCAGAAGCUUCAUGAGGCAGAGACUGGUAUGUCGAAGCGUCCUCUUACGCAGCAGAAUAGCAAUGCCAGUGCUCCCAAGCGAGAACCCCCUCAGACGCUCGUCGCUUUCAAGAGUCUGUGGAAUUCCUUGACCACGGAAGAAGAGCGUUGGGACGUUUUACGGCAAAUCCCUGCGGCGCGUCUACCCGUGCUGUUCAAGACCUCCCUUGACGCAUCCACUCUAGCAGCGAUCCUCCACAGCCUCCGUGUAGCGCUCUCGGGCUCACCUGGAGAUGCGGAGCGGCUCAAAGUUGUGCGUGCAUACAUGGUCAAUAUGCCUCGGGUUCCGCGCUUUGGCACGGUGUCCCUCAUGAUGAGCUCCGAGGAGCUUGCGGAUGCACAGGCCGUCUGGGAUAUAUUGGGUCGAUAUCAAGGUGAUGGUGUCGAGGGGCAGAUGGAGAAGCGGAAGGAAGAUGGGUCGAAGUCGGCUUGGGGAUGUACCUGA